AUGGGUUGCGGAAUGAGCACAGAGGAGAAGGAGGGUAAGGCCCGGAAUGAGGAGAUUGAGAACCAGCUCAAGCGCGACAAGAUGAUGCAGCGAAACGAGAUCAAGAUGCUCCUGCUCGGUGCUGGUGAAUCUGGAAAGUCAACCAUCCUCAAGCAGAUGAAGCUCAUUCACGAGGGUGGCUACUCGCGCGACGAGCGGGAAUCCUUCAAGGAAAUCAUCUUCAGCAACACCGUUCAGUCAAUGCGUGUCAUCCUCGAGGCUAUGGAGUCUCUCGAGCUUCCACUUGAGGACCAGCGCAUGGAGUACCACGUUCAGACCAUCUUCAUGCAACCCGCUCAGAUCGAAGGCGACGUCCUCCCACCUGAGGUUGGCAGCGCCAUCGAGGCUUUGUGGAAGGAUCGUGGUGUGCAAGAAUGUUUUAAGCGAUCUCGCGAGUACCAGCUUAACGACUCAGCCCGAUACUACUUCGACAACAUUGCUCGCAUCGCUGCUCCUGAUUACAUGCCUAACGACCAGGAUGUCCUCCGAUCUCGUGUCAAGACCACCGGUAUUACUGAGACCACAUUCAUCAUCGGCGACCUCACAUACAGAAUGUUCGACGUCGGUGGUCAAAGAUCCGAGCGAAAGAAGUGGAUUCACUGCUUCGAGAACGUCACCACCAUUCUUUUCCUGGUCGCCAUCUCCGAGUACGAUCAGCUCCUAUUUGAGGAUGAGACUGUCAACCGAAUGCAGGAGGCUCUCACUCUGUUCGAUUCCAUCUGCAACUCAAGGUGGUUCAUCAAGACAUCGAUCAUUCUAUUCCUCAACAAGAUCGAUCGUUUCAAGGAGAAGCUGCCUGUCAGCCCCAUGAAGAACUACUUCCCUGACUACGAGGGCGGUGACGACUAUGCUGCGGCUUGCGAUUACAUCCUCAACCGUUUCGUCAGUCUGAACCAACACGAGACUAAGCAGAUCUAUACCCAUUUCACCUGCGCAACCGAUACCACUCAGAUCCGCUUCGUCAUGGCGGCUGUCAAUGAUAUCAUUAUCCAAGAGAACUUGCGUCUCUGCGGUCUUAUCUAA